AUGUCGACCUACGAGCGAGCAUCCGCCUUUCUGCAUGGGAUCAAGACGCCUGCAUUCCUCUCUCGCUCACUCUUUCCCGUUCAGCCUAUCCGUACCGGUUGGUCAACCAGCGUCCCAUUCCUCAACCCUCCGGAUAACGUAUCCUUCCUCGAGCUGAAUGAUGAAACGCUCGGGAGCACAAAGAUCGCGGGCUCAACGCUGCACCAUACGCUCGUGACUGCACCUUCUGGGCUGAGCAAGGACGAGCAUGCUUUCCGUGCUGAUUACCCCAAGGGGAGCAUCAACCCCCAAGGACCUGUCAAGGGAGGCUUCUCCUUCUACGCACCGGGACCGAUGCAGAAAGAGCUGGAGGGUGCGAAGGAGGUCGUUUUCAGCUACGCAGUCAUGUUCCAGGACGGGUUCAUGUUCCGUAAAGGAGGGAAGCUACCUGGUCUCUAUGGUGGAAGCUCUGCUGAAACAGCCUAUGCAUGUACGGGCGGCCGCACCAACGCUCGCUCAGAAUGCUUCGACCUCCGGCUAAUGUGGCGCUCGGCCGGCGCAGGAGAACUAUACGCCUAUCUCCCACCUGCACCGCAUAACGAACAUCUGUGCCAUCAGGGCUUCCAGAGCGAGUGCGACUGGUAUGGGAUCAGUAUUGGUAGGGGGAAUUGGCAUUUUGAACCUGGACAAUGGGUUGUGGUGAGUGAAAGAGUGAGGCUGAACGAUGUCGGUGAGGGCAAUGGAGAAGUGCAGAUAUUUAUCAACGGCGACAGUGUGAUCCACAGCACAGGUAUCAUCAUCUGCAAAACCGGCGAAUGUGUAUUCCGUGGUGCACAUAUGCAGACGUUCUUUGGUGGCUCCAACUCUGCCUGGGCAAGCCCUCAAGAUCAAAGCGCGUACUUCUCCGCUUUCUCCCUGUCUAUUAUCGAAUGAACGCCCCACCUUGAUCACUGCCAUAAAAUCCGUUCUUGGAGCCUAAUUAUUACACUAUAUCGGUACACUCCGUCUGC